CGGGCGGGCGCUUUGCUGUUUGAAUGGCUACGGGCCCUGGCCCUCACCUCACCUGAGGACCAGCUGUCCAGGGGUGCGCUAUGCCGUCCGGUGGCGACCAGUCGCCGCCGCCCCCUCCUCCUCCUCCAGUUGCUGCAGGCUCUGAUGAAGAGGAGGAGGACGACGGUGAGGCAGAGGACGCCGCGCAGCCGGCUGGGUCGCCAACCCCUCAGAUCCAGCAGCGGUUCGACGAGCUGUGUAGCCGCCUCAACAUGGAUGAGGCGGCGCGGGCCGAGGCCUGGGACAGCUACCGGAGCAUGAGCGAGAGCUACACUCUGGAGGGAAAUGAUCUUCACUGGUUAGCAUGUGCCUUAUAUGUGGCUUGCAGAAAAUCUGUUCCAACUGUAAGCAAAGGGACUGUUGAAGGAAAUUAUGUAUCUUUAACAAGAAUCCUGCGCUGUUCAGAGCAGAGCUUAAUUGAAUUUUUUAACAAGAUGAAGAAAUGGGAAGACAUGGCAAAUCUACCCCCACAUUUCAGAGAACGUACUGAGAGAUUAGAAAGAAACUUCACUGUUUCUGCUGUAAUUUUUAAGAAAUAUGAACCUAUUUUUCAAGACAUUUUUAAAUAUCCCCAAGAGGAACAACCUCGUCAACAGAGAGGAAGAAAACAGAGGCGACAGCCCUGUACCGUGUCUGAAAUUUUCCAUUUUUGUUGGGUGCUUUUUAUAUAUGCAAAAGGUAAUUUCCCCAUGAUUAGUGAUGAUUUGGUCAAUUCUUAUCACCUUCUUCUGUGUGCUUUGGACUUAGUUUAUGGAAAUGCCCUUCAGUGCUCUAAUCGUAAAGAACUAGUGAAUCCUAAUUUUAAAGGCCUAUGUGAAGAUUUUCACACUAAGGAUUUUAAACCUUCCUCUGACCCACCUUGUGUCAUUGAGAAACUCUGUUCCUUACAUGAUGGUCUUGUUUUGGAAGCAAAGGGAAUAAAGGAACAUUUCUGGAAGCCCUAUAUUAGGAAACUUUAUGAGAAAAAGCUCCUCAAGGGAAAAGAAGAAAAUCUUACAGGGUUUUUGGAACCUGGGAACUUUGGAGAGAGUUUUAAAGCCAUCAAUAAGGCCUAUGAGGAGUAUGUUUUAUCUGUUGGGAAUUUAGAUGAAAGAAUAUUUCUUGGAGAGGAUGCUGAAGAGGAAAUUGGGACUCUUUCAAGGUGCCUGAACUCUGGUUCAGGAACAGAGAGUGCUGAAAGAGUACAGAUGAAAAACAUUUUGCAACAGCAUUUUGACAAGUCUAAAGCACUUAGAAUCUCCACACCACUCACUGGUGUGAGGUACAUUAAGGAGAACAGCCCUUGUGUGACUCCCAUUUCUACAGCUACACAUAGCUUGAGUCGUCUUCACACCAUGCUGACGGGCCUCAGGAAUGCACCGAGUGAGAAAUUGGAACAGAUUCUCAGGACAUGUUCCAGAGAUCCAACCCAGGCUAUUGCUAACAGAUUAAAAGAAAUGUAUGAAAUAUAUUCUCAGCAUUCCCAGCCAGAUGAGGAUUUCAGUAAUUGUGCUAAAGAAAUUGCCAGCAAACAUUUUCAUUUUGCAGAGAUGCUUUACUAUAAAGUAUUAGAAUCUGUUAUUGAGCAGGAACAAAAAAGACUGGGAGACAUGGAUUUAUCUGGUGUUCUGGAACAAGAUGCAUUCCAUAGAUCACUCUUAGCUUGCUGCCUUGAGGUUGUCACUUUUUCUUAUAAGCCUCCUGGGAACUUUCCAUUCAUUACCGAAAUAUUUGAUGUACCACUUUAUCAUUUUUAUAAGGUCAUGCCACCUCAGAACCUGGAAAGAGCAGAUGAAAUUUGUAUUACUGCCUCCCCUUUGACUCCUAGAAGGGUGAGUGAAGUUCGUGCUGAUACAGGAGGGCUCGGAAGAAGCAUGACAUCUCCAACUUCAUUAUAUGAUAGGUACAGCUCCCCAACAGCCAGUACUACUAGAAGGCGGCUGUUUCCUGAGAAUGACAGCCCCUCUGAUGGAGGGACACCUGGGCGCAUUCCCUCACAGCCCCUGGUCAAUGCUGUACCGGUACAGAAUGUAUCUGGGGAGGCUGUUUCUGUCACACCAGUUCCUGGACAGACUUUAGUCACCAUGGCAACUGCCACUGUCACGGCCAACAAUGGACAGACAGUGACCAUUCCUGUACAAGGUAUUGCCAAUGAAAAUGGAGGGAUAACAUUCUUCCCAGUCCAAGUCAAUGUUGGGGGGCAGGCACAGGCUGUGACUGGCUCCAUUCAGCCCCUCAGUGCUCAGGCCCUCACUGGAAGUCUGAGCUCUCAACAGGUGACAGGAACAACUUUGCAAGUCCCUGGUCAAGUGGCCAUCCAACAGAUUUCCCCCGGUGGACAACAGCAGAAACAAGGCCAGUCUUUAACGAGCAGCAAUGUUAGACCUAGGAAGACCAGCUCAUUAUCGCUUUUCUUUAGAAAGGUAUACCACUUAGCAGGUGUCCGCCUUCGGGAUCUUUGUGCUAAACUAGAUAUUUCAGAUGAACUGAGGAAAAAAAUUUGGACCUGCUUUGAAUUCUCCAUAAUUCAGUGUACAGAACUUAUGAUGGACAGACAUCUGGACCAGUUAUUAAUGUGUGCCAUUUAUGUGAUGGCAAAGGUCACAAAAGAAGACAAGUCCUUCCAGAAUAUCAUGCGUUGUUACAGGACUCAGCCACAGGCCAGAAGCCAGGUGUAUAGAAGUGUUUUGAUAAAAGGGAAAAGGAAAAGAAGAAAUUCUGGCAGCAGUGAAAGUAGAAGCCAUCAGAAUUCUCCUACAGAACUAAACAAAGAUAGAACCAGUAGAGACUCCAGUCCUGUCAUGAGGUCAAGCAGCACCUUGCCAGUUCCACAGCCUAGCAGUGCCCCUCCUACACCAACUCGUCUCACAGGUGCCAACAGUGACAUGGAAGAGGAAGAGAGAGGAGACCUCAUUCAGUUCUACAACAACAUCUACAUAAAACAAAUUAAGACAUUUGCCAUGAAGUACUCACAGGCAAACAUAAUGGAUGCACCUCCACUCUCUCCCUAUCCAUUUGUCAGAACAGGCUCCCCUCGCCGAAUUCAGUUAUCUCAAAAUCAUCCUGUCUACAUUUCCCCACAUAAAAAUGAAUCAAUGCUUUCACCCCGAGAAAAGAUUUUUUACUACUUCAGCAACAGUCCGUCAAAGAGACUGAGAGAAAUUAACAGUAUGAUACGGACAGGAGAAACUCCAACUAAAAAGAGAGGGAUUCUUUUGGAAGAUGGAAGUGAAUCACCUGCAAAAAGAAUCUGCCCAGAAAAUCAUUCUGCCUUAUUACGCCGUCUCCAAGAUGUAGCUAAUGACCGAGGUUCCCACUGAGGUUAGUCCCUGGUAUUGAAACUGUCUUUCACAAACUGUUUUGCAGCAUCAUUUAAUGCAUGCUAGAUUAUGGAGCCCGUUUCCUUAAUCCAGCUAGUUAGAGUCUAUUAGAAAUAGGAAGGGGCAUUUUUAUGAGAACUAGACUUACUCUUUUCAAAUGUGAGAGGUCUCUUAACAGGUUCCAGCAGAGGAAUUGUAUUUCAAAUUCAUUCCUACCUGUUUGUGGUCAGCUCUAGUUCUUAUGAAAAGCAAAACAAAACUUAAGUACUUUGUUCUCAAACAGGAGUGUGAAAUUUCUACAUUUAUGAAACAAAGGAGAUGGCUCAGAUUCCCCAGGUCACUAUAGCAUAAGUCUCCUGUCCCCUGUGGUGCACUUCUCCCCUUCCCCAGUAGUGUGGUGCAGUUGUGCAAUGUCUGAAUGAACCUGUAUAAGUGGCGGCACUUUAGGGCUGUAAAAUGCAUGAUUUUGUAACCCAGAUUUUGCUGUAUAUUUCUGAUGGCACUUUCUACAAUGUGAACUUUAUUAAGUACAAAACUUCUAGGCUGAAUAGCCAGUAUUUUCUUUAACUCUUUUGUACUUUUUUAAACUGUUAUAUGCCCUAGUAGCCACCUUUUGGGCAUGCUUUUUAAAUUCUCCAGUUGUUGUUAUUUAGGGAUCAGCUGGCUAAGGAAACAUUUUUAAAUCAAGUUUAAUUGAAAGAAUUAAUAUGAAAAAUUAUGACCUCUUUAGGAGGUAGUUAUCCAAAAGACAUGUAAAAGUAUGUUUGGGUAUGUUCCUCGCAGUCUAAAAAAUAGGUUGGAGAAUUUAGGUUUUUAUUAGUACAUAGUACCAUUUAUACAAAUUAGAAAAUAUUAUUUAACAGCUAUUGAACUAUCUAUAUAUACACCUUUAUUAAUCACUAUUGCUCCAGCAGUUUUAAAGUUGAAUUAAUAAUCUUAUUAGGGAAAAAAUUCAAUUGUAAAUUGAAUCAGUAUAAACAAAGUUACUAGGUAACUUCAUAUUGCUCUAAAAGAAAUAUGGAACUUACACUGUUCAAUUAGAAUAGUGUUCUGCAAAAAUAUUUAUAAAAACCUCAAGAUACUGCUACUGUAAUUUUAUAUCAAAAUAAGUGUAUUUUUCAAUAAAGCAUUUAUAAAGUCA